GCCUGUCUCCGCGGAUGACUAGAUGGUGCGCACUACGCUGUUCGGCUUUGAAUUGACGCUGAUAAUGCAUAACUUUAAUGACUUUUAGUAGCGUUUCACUUUCUCUCCGCAUGCUUCCUACAACGUCAAUUUCUAAGGUGCCUUGUAUAGAAAGAUGGCGCUGCUUUACAAGUAGGGUGGCUCCAUCACUCUAGGCAGUUGACUUUUCAGGAACGUGGUCUACUAUUUUUGACAGUCAAGCACGGCAAUAAGGCUGUUCAAAGAACAUUCUGAAGUGCACACUUCUGACUCACAGCAAUCGGCUGAUCUUGUCAAAUCACUUUGAAAGGCAAGGCUUGACCAUGAAGCUGGCAUGGCUGCAAGUCUGCGCUACUCUUCUCAAUUUGCAGUAUUUCCGGACUACCGCUGACUCCUUCAACCAAGUUUGCUACAUGCAGUCUCCGAUGACGUCACCAGGUGCGUUGCCUUUCACAAUGGUGGAUCUUGGUCUGUGUAGCCACAUCAUUAUGGGCUUUGCUACCAUUGGGGAUGACUACAGAGUCAACCUCAACUCUAUCGGUGGCCACGAGGCGCUUACCUCCUUUGCUGAGCUGCGCAAGCAGAAGCCAUCGCUGAAACUGAUGAUAUCAGUUGGAGGAAGAGGAGAUGACAAAAAUUUCAAGGACAUGGUCUACAAUGAGUCCAACCGCCAGAGGUUCAUCGAGUCGAUGCAGUGGGAAGUGAACAAUUUUCAACUUGAAGGGAUGGACUUCGAUUGGGAGGUCCCAGAAGUGUUCGAUACAGUAAAGCUGGUCGAUCUUAUCGAGUGCUUUCAUCCUGCUCAGGAUAUGUCCGAUGAAUUUAAGAGGAAUCCAGGCUAUCCUUUUAUUUUCUCUGUUGCUCUGCCCGCUACUAUACCAGUGGAUCUGAAACGAUAUUACGUCCGCAACAUCACCAAGUCUGUGGAUUUUAUAAACCUAAAGACCUACGGCCUGCACACUUAUCAGUGGUACAGGCCAUUUGUUGACCACAACAGCCCCCUGUUUCCGAGAGCUGGAGAACUUCCUGUGCUCAACAAGCUGAACUUGGCUUCUAGCGCCACCUUGUGGGCCCAACUGGGCAUUCCAAAAUCAAAAAUCAUGGUCGGAAUACCCACAUUCGGUCUUUCCUGGGUACUCGUGAACCCCUCGCAGUGGAAGGUUGGUUCUUUGGCCACUAGACACGGCAAGCAUGGCAACGGCUUUUUGUCUUUUGCAGAGGUGUGCGCACUACUAAAGGCUGGCGCACGGAGAGAGUAUGAUGCCGAAUCAAAGGUCCCGUAUCUCCACAAAAAAAAGUUGUGGGUGAGCUACGAUGACCAGGAGAGCGUCGCACUCAAGGCCAAAUGGAUUAUGGACAAUGGAUACGGAGGCACAAUGACCUCCAGCUUGAACUCUGACGACUGGCAAGGAAACUGCGGCAACGGCACUUUUCCGCUCCAGAAGGCGAUUGUACUUCAAGGCUAUGACAGCAGCACACAGGGCUUUGAAUUCCAUUAUUAGAAGUGCUAGCAACUCUUCUUUUAUAAGGAUACCAACAUGAUCCCGCUUGGUGCAAGCUUCGGUUUGGUAGAUCUAAACUUGCUCAGUUGUUGUGCUUGAGGUGCACCACAGCCUGAAGUUUAGACGUUAAGUGCUCAAACAUAAUCAAGAAUCCAAUACGAGCAAGUAUCUUAGAUUCCUAAUAAGAAAGCAAGCACUAGCAUAGAAAUAAAAGUUUGACAAUUCAAAACAGCGUGCUUUGUGAAGGCGUGGAUAGCAUUUAUUCAGAUAUACUUUCCAUGUCUAUAGAAAAGAAAACAAUCAA